AUGCCGCUGGUCGUCGCGCGCAUCUUCUUCAAGGAGCUGCGCAUCGACAUGCACGCGCUCACGGCCGCAAAGAUCCUGCUGGGCGGGCUCGGAGCAGGUGUCCUUCGGCACCACCAGCAAGAACUGAACCAACAAUGCCAGCGUAGCGUGGUGCUUAUCAACACCCCUGAAUGUUUCCCCAUCGGAGACGGCAGCGACGCGGUGGAGUACCACAAGCAGCAGAACGGCAACGCCUCCCAGGACAUGGUGGGCAACGAGUUGGCCGUGGCCAGCGAUGCUGUGGAACACCACAAGCGAUCAACAUUUGACGAGAUGGUGUCGGCUAGCUCCUUGAACUACACGGCCAAGGUCUUGGUGGGCAACGCCUUGUACGUGGCAUUCCAUUUUGCGGAUUACCACAAUCAGCUGAACGGCAAGGCCUCCGAGGACAUGGUGGGCACUGAAUCGGUCGUGGCCAGCGACAUGGUGAAGUACCCCAAGCAGCACGCCAAUCUGGAGUACCACACGCAACAGGCCAAGACCUUGAACGGCAACGCCUCACAAGGCAUGGUGGGCACUGCGUCGGUUGUGGCCAGAGCCUAUGUGGAGCCCCGUAAGUUUGUGGAGUACCAGGAGCUGCAGGUUACGGAGGCAUUCGAAAACCAAUCCAACAUUGACAACGGCGUCGUAAUGGCACUCGGCGUGGCGAGGGCCUCUGGGCAUUCCGCCAAUGCGGCCAGCGACUCUGUGGAGUCCCACAAGCAGCAAAACCUCAACGGCAACGCCUCGCAGCUCACGGAGGGCACCGCUCGGUGUGUCGACAGGAAGGUUACGGAGGUGUCCGAGUACCAAGCCGACGACGUGGGUAGCAUUGUCGUCACG